CGUAUCAGUCCCAUGAUCAUAUUUCCUACGAUGUAUGCAUUUCUUUCAAGUGAACCAGUAGAGUGAGGGAGGGAGAGUCAUCAUGGCUGCGGGAAUCUUCACUCAAGUGACCAGUAGGCGCAAACUUAUGGAACUUGCUGACAGCCUCAUGGCGGACCUACCCUACUCGGCCACUAUGUACAACAACCUGCUCCUACAUGCUCGAGGGUGGCUGUCCACGACCAGGUUCUACACCUUGCCCACCCAACCACCCUCUCACACCCUCUUGUGGCAGAAGACGAACGUGCCCUCCAGUAUUGCCGUCUACUGCCGGGAAGCAGAAUUCGAACAACUGAUAGCGGCGCUUAGGGAGACGCCUCUAUUGGACUGGCAACGACGCCUGAUGAUCUUCCAUGUUCCCCACUACCUGGUUGAGCCGCUGAAGUUGCUGGCCAAAGAGCUGGGGAGCUCCCCUGUUAUUUGGGGUCCAAAUUACACAUUUACUUACCUUCCUAACUUGGAUGCUGAACUCCUCAGGUUGGUACUUACCUUACCAUACAGGAACUUUAUAUUGGCAAUAUCUACCGUGAUGGGAUACAUACACCAAGAAGUGUCCUCCAUUUUUCGGAACAAGCCAGGUUUCCGCGUCUGUAAACUUGUCAAAACUGGGCUCCAACACCUGCUGGAGAGGAGCAGCUUUAGCAAGACCCAACCGCUGGAGUCCACGUGGAGCCUAUCGCAGCAUCUGCCAUCUGUUGGAGUGUUCCUCGACUCGAGCGUGACUAAGGACUCGCCGCUGGACCUCCAGCACCUGCACUACUCCGGAAAUGAGGAAACACCUGUCUCCUGGAUGUCGCCGACCAUGUAUGGAAGCAUCGGCAUGUUGGGGACGGACGACAGCUACAGGAAUCUGGGUCUAGGUAGACUGGUAAUCAAGGUCAUGGGGAGGCUAUAUGCUAGCCAGGGCUUCAUCCCUAACGCCCACGUCGCCUACGACAACCCACCUUCUAUAACAACGUUCAGCAAGAUACCAGGCUGGGAAAACACUCACACUGCCGCCUGGAUGGCCUUCGAGCAGACAAAUGGAAUCAGUGAAAUAUCACAGGACAAAGCUCCCCAAUUACUAUAG